AUGGUCCUGCAUGCUGCAGAAGACUUGCAUCUCUCUGCGUUCUUUGUUGUCGAUAUGUAUGCCCUACGCCGUUGCGCAUCGCGCUUUCUCACUUCUCGACCUUCCCUUGCCCCCUCUUCGCGAACAUACUCUUCUCUCAGCUCUCCUACGUCCCGGUUAAUCGGUAGAUCCACCGCAUCCUAUCCUCAACGAAGAUGGGCCACGAAUGAAGCCCAAGGAAAGGAGGGCAAGUCUCCCAUAACUGAAGUCGAGCCUACAACACCAGAAGAAGCCGAGAAUGCGGCUCAAACCCAAGCUGCCAGCACAAAAUCUGCUCCCCAAGCUGCAGAGCCUGCGAACAUUACCGAAGCCACAGAUGAAUCUCUUCCGGCUGCCGUCAUUAAUGAAAAGCUUGCUGCUAAGACCGGGCCUGCGCCAGGAGUUGCGGAAACCGCCAAUGCAACCGAAGCAACAGAGGAGGCAUUGCCCGCUGCUGAGACAGGUGAAAGAUUAACAGCUGAUUCAAAAGCUGCACCUUCGCAGUCAGCCACCCUGAGCCAUGCUGGCAUGUUCGACCGCAAGCCCACACUGUACAUCGGCAAUUUGUUCUUUGAUGUCACCGAAACCGACCUCGUCAAAGAGUUCGCGCGCUUUGGAACUGUGACCAAGUGCAGGAUUGUGCGGGACAGUCGUGGCUUGAGUAAAGGAUUCGGUUAUGUCGACUUCUCAACACAGGAGGCCGCAGAUGCGGCUAUGGAGGGUCUCAACAUGUCGCUCUUCGAAGGUCGUCGGAUCACGGUACAGUACGCUGCGCGGCCGAGCGGCGUGCUUGACAACCAGAACGUCGAGCGCAAGCCUCUCAACCCUCCUUCUAAGACUCUUUUCAUUGGGAACAUGUCCUUCGAGAUGACGGAUCGUGAUCUCACGAACUUGUUCCGCGGCAUUAGAAAUGUCAUCGAUGUUCGUGUCGCUAUUGAUCGACGCACUGGCCAACCGAGGGGAUUCGCGCAUGCCGACUUCAUUGACGUCAAGAGUGCCAUGGAAGCGAUGAAGUUGCUGCAAGAGAAGGAGAUUUACGGUCGGAGACUGAGAGUUGAUUUCUCCUACUCUUCCGCGAACAGGGCUCCCAGGAACGACCCUCCCGUCGAAAAUAACUAG